AUGGCGGAUCAAUCCAUCAUUCGCAUCACCAAGGUAGCCACAGAGUUGAGCGACAUUCAGCGCACCUCAGAUCUUUCUCUGGCUGUCGCUUGCCGCGAUGUCGAUGUGCGCAAUGUCAAGGCCCUGAUUAUCGGCCCUCACGACACACCCUACGAGUUCGGCUUUUUCGAGUUUGCCAUUAGGUUUAACAAAGGUUUUUUGAAGCGCAAGAAGCGGCGCAAUCCUGUGGCUAAUCAAUAUCCAGACUACCCUCGAAAGUCCCCGAACGUCAACGGCAUCACGACAAAUGGCGGUCGAUGCCGCUUCAAUCCCAACAUCUAUGCCUCUGGCAAGGUUUGCUUGUCAAUCUUGGGAACCUGGCGUGGCGAACGUGGUGAAGAAUGGUCGGCCGCCCAAGGCCUCGAGUCGAUUCUCAUUUCCAUCCAGAGUCUCAUGUCCGGCAACCCUUACGAGAACGAGCCCGGUUUCGAGGACGCCAACGAAGCUUCGGACAAGAAGAACCAGAAGGAUUACGUGCAGAAGAUUCGUCAUGAGUCUCUGCGCAUUUCCGUCAUCCAGCGUAUGGAGGAGUAUCUGGGAUUGACCCCGGAGGGCGUUUCUAUCGCCCAGCAGUCCGCAGCCGAGCAAGACCUCGAUAUGGACCACGAGGACAUGGACGACACCAGCAUUCCCUUUGAGCCGUUCAAGGAUUUGUGCAAGCGCAGAUUCCUCUGGUACUACGACAACUAUCUGGCCGCCAUCCAGAAGGCCAAGACCGAAGUCAAGGACCACCAGAAUUUCGCCCGCAUGCCUUUCGAGGGCGCGAACAACUCGAUGGAUGGCAAGUUCAACUACACUGAGCUGGAGAGACGUCUGCGCAACAUCAAAGCCGCACUUGAUAACGAGCUUGUGAAGUGGGCAAAGGAGGGCCAGGUCGCGAACGAUAAGGAGAUGACGGUGUCGGUCAACCUACGCCAUCAAUACGAGCAGGUUGUGCAAGCAUUCAAGCGUCAAGAGGUUCCCCACGACUUCCAGCUUGAGGACAACAAUCCUUUCGUCUGGAACAUUACGUACUUCGGACGGCCCAUGACUAACCUUGAUGGUGGUCUCUUCCGUAUCAAGAUCCACUUCAGCCCCCGAUUCCCGGAGGAGCAACCUCGUGUCAAGUUUGUCACGCGCAUCUUCCAUCAUCGCAUCGCAGAAGACGGAACGGCCUGCUACUUUCCCAACCCUCUGAAGAAGGACGACGUGCGCUCGCAUAUUGAGGCGGUCUUUACUGCUUUAGAGGAGGAGGAUCCGGCUUACGACCCUCGUACUUUGGUGAACCCAGAGGCUCACAAGCUCUACUGGGGCGGUGGCGACGAGCGCAAGAACUACAACCGUCGUCUCCGUAGGUCGGUUCAACAGAGCAUGGAGUAG